AUGGAGAAACUGAUAUUCCUGGUAUCACCAACAACAACAAGAAAUUGGAGUAGUGCAUCAAAAGUUAAUAAACGUGGUUUAUAUUCAUCUCACUCUUCCUAUCAUAGUUUAUUUUCCUAUCAUUUUCUUUUCGCUUUUCCGGCAUACAACCUAAGGUCCUUAGGUUCAUUAGCACCUUCAAUUGCCAUGACUUCACGCCUUCAAUUUCUCAGCCGAAGGCUCUUGGCAUCUUCAGCCAGAUCCUAUGCUAGAAACAGAACUAGAAUUACUCGAGAAAUAUCUGAAGAAGAGGUCCGGAAAUUUGCUCAACAACGGCAGCAACAGCUGAGCCAAAAGCAAGACUUUUAUUAUCACGAACAACCGUCGACCGAUUAUAAAGGGCAUGUGGGCCAACCAUCUCAAUUCAACACGGUUUUUGAGGUUCCUCCCAAUAAGAAUGGCUUGAUAACCCCGGAAGAUGGCAUAUAUGAUAUACUUCGGGAGCCAACUUUGGUAAUCGAAAGACAGAUGGAAUUUAUGAAUGUGAUUCUUGGAUUCGAACAAGCAAACAGGUAUAAGAUCAUGAACUCGAGAGGAGACCAGAUUGGGUUUAUGGAAGAAAAAGAUAUGGGACUUCUCAAGGUUCUUGGUCGACAAUUUUUCAGGUUACAUCGUCCAUUCGAUAUUGAUGUAUUUAACAAUUACGGCGAUUUACUUUUGACAAUUAAGAGACCAUUUUCAUUCAUUAAUUCACAUAUCAAGUGCUACUUACCCGGGUACGAUAGAGACGGACAAUUGAUGCACGAGAUCAUCGGGGAGUCGAUUCAAAGUUGGCAUCUUUGGCGACGCAAGUAUAAUUUGUUCAAGUUGGAAGAUGACGAAACCGACGAAUACGAGCAAUUUGGAGCUAUAGAUGCUCCGUUCUUAUCGUUUGACUUCCCAGUAACGAAUGAAAAUGGUGAUGUGAUAGCUUCGGUAGACAGAAACUGGGUGGGACUCGGACGAGAAUUGUUCACCGAUACUGGUGUAUAUAUUAUUCGCAUGGAUCCCGCCAGUUUUGAAGGUCUUGGCAACAUGUACCCUUCAGUCGCGGGCCCGCUCACGUUGGACCAAAGAGCUGUGCUUCUUGGAAAUGCCGUAAGUAUUGACUUUGAUUAUUUUUCAAGACACAGUCGUGGUCCUGGAGGUGGACUCUUUGCUCUCGGUGAUGUGGAAUAA